AGUACACUAGUUAAUUGGAACGAGUAAGGACAUGUUGGCGUCAUGACGCGUAGUAUUGCGCAAUAACCAUGAUAACUGGAAGUAAACGGUAUACCGAAGUAAACAAGUCAAGUGAAGUUCUGUAUACAUGCAGGCUUGCUGUACUCCGCCAACAAGUGGAAGUAUAUCCAGUUGGAUAUUUUACAAAUCUAACUUUACACGAUUACCAUGCCCGGUUACAAUGUCGACUAAGAAAAGUGUGGGCUGAGGCGAGCUGAGUACAGCUAGUGAGCUACGGUAGCACUAGCAAGUAUGAUGUACAGGCAGUCAUAUUUGGAGCAGCUGCAUGUGCAGUGACUGCUAUCUCAGUCUGUAGACUGUAGUCUGUACUCUGCUUAUCAAAUCCUGGAGAGAGUAAUGCACUUUUCAGUGAUCUAUCUCAACACCUUAAUGUAGCCAUGGAUAUCGAUACUGGACGAGGAGAGAUCAGGAUAAAUAGCUUUGUCUUCCUUGAUUUGGAAACUAGUCAUCUCGAGAAAGGUGACCGGCCAACGAUAAUUGAAAUGAGUCUGUUUGCAGUCCACCGGACAGGACUUCUCCACCCAGAUGUCCUCGCGUCAUUAAAUCGUGCCAAAAGACAAGAUACGACGUAUGAUCUGUCGAAGGUGCUAUUCCCAAGAGUCGUUGACAAGUUGACUCUCUGCUUGGACCCGCGAAAGCAGACAAGUGCUCAGUCAUUUUGCCUCACCAAAUUAGACAACCUUAAUCUUUGCGAGAGCAAGAAGAUGGCCCUUGAUAAAGAUGUAAUCUCCAUGCUGAACAUCUUCUUGAGACGACAAGAGGGACCAAUCUGCCUGGUUGCUCACAAUGGAAACAGAUUCGACUUCCCCAUGUUGAGGACGGAACUCUCUCGUGUGACUGUGAACGAACCCUUUGAAGAUUUUCUGUGUGCAGACUCAUUGGAUGGCUUCAGGGAAAACUUUGCUACGGAGGUCAAGGUGGAGGAUCCAGGCUUCCUGAAACGAAAGAAUCCAGAGCGUGAAGGUUCAAUUCUUCCAGCAAAAAGAGGGACAGAUAUGUCCGACGCUACCCCCACCAUCCAUACAUCAAGCAAUGCUGCGAUCCCUUCAUCAGAUCAUGCUGCUGUUGCUGAUAAUGGUGAUGAUACGAUGAAUAACCGCAGUACAUGUACUUCUGAUAACACACCGGAUCGCACCCUCGCCAAACGCCCUUCCCCUCCCCCGCCCCCAAGGAAAAUCUCAUACUCCCUCAACAAUAUAUUUAAGAGAACUUUUGGAAGGGAACCAUCAAUUUCUCAUUCUGCGGAAGAUGAUGUCGCAUCCUUAAUCAAGGUUCUUCAACCGAGAAUGGAGGAUUUUGUGAAAUGGGCUGAUGUACGUGCCGUGCAAUACAAAAAUAUUGACUACUACUACAAGCCCCUCAAGCCCAGACGUAAAUUGUUUGAUGAUUGAUUGCCACAUGUACAUGUGCAGUAUUUUUUUACUGCGUCCGUCUCUCUUUUAUCGUUUCUCGGUUGGAGAUCAUUGUGUCAUCUGGAUCUUACCAAACUUACAGUCAGUUAAUCACUUUCUAACAUUAAGUGCUACAUGUAGAAUGGUAUCAUACACUCAUCAUGAUGACAUGAUACACAUGUAGGCCUUGCUGCCUUAGUCACUUGUUAAUUGUAUUCAUAUUAUAGAUUGAUAUGCAAGAAAUUACAUGUUUACAUAACAGCAUUGGAAGCAAGAUUGCAUUAAGUGGAAAAUCAAUUGUUAAAAUCAAGAGUUCAAUCAUUGCUAAAAGAUUGGUGAUUUGGGCAAACAACAACAAAAAACAUUAUUUUGCCUACUGAUGCACCAUGUAAAUGUGAACCAGAAAAAAGAUAUAUUUAUAGAUAUUUUCUGUCUAGAACGUUGACAUGCAGCUGAUAUUGUGUAGAGAAUAUUACAAUUUAGUAAAAAUACAAAUUUGUUGAUAUAUAAAGCCAUUGAUAAAUUUCAGUGGCAAUUCAGUUUAGAUACAUUCUCUUAGAAUACAAGUACUGUAUAUACCAUGGAACUAUUAAACUAUUGUGCAUUCUUGAUGCUCAUUUAAAGAUAAACUGGUAAGGUAACAACAGAAAAUGUUCACAGAAGUGAACAAAACUUUCAAAAACUAUAAAUAAAUGAUAUCUGCCCAAAAAAUCAGGAUAAUGUAUUAUUACAGAGUAAUGAGCAAAUGAAGAUCAUGAUUUAGAAAGGUUACUUGAAAAUACAGGUCCAAUAUAUUUUGGUCCCUCAUGUUGAUUCCUGUGUUAGCUAAAGAAGCAUGUAUGAAUAUAAUUUCAAGCAAGCCUAAAUUAUUUGUUCUAGAAAAGUAAUCAUAAGCUUCUGAUGUGUGAUACACUUAAGGAUUGCUUCCAAACAUUUCCUAUCAAAAUUAGAUUUCUAGACCAAAAUUCGAACUUGGCUUAUGACAUCCAGACUUGUCACUACUAUGAUUUGUUAUCGAAAUUGCUUGACCAAUCCUCAUGAAAUAUUGCAAUGAAAAGAUGAAAUUUGGUAAUUCCCAAUUCAAUUAUUGAAAUACAAGUAGUCUUACAAUCUGAAUUAAUACCACUAGCAUGUUUUGGAAGAUAACAGAGUUUUGCAGUUUAAUUCAAAUGCAUUUUUUGUGCAAGAGAGUCAUGAAAUACAUGUACUGUACUUUCAUUCAAGUACAUGUACAGUCGAGACUCGCCAAAUGGCAUGUUGUUGAUUUUGUCAAAAAUUUGAAUCUUAUGACAUUUAAAUCAAACUUCUCCAAAACAGUUUGGAAAAAAAUAAUUAUCAGUUGCUCUUUAUCUUACUCAUUCAUGAUUAUCAAUCAUACCUGUAUGUAGGACAAUUAAUAUAGACUCAUUUUGAAAUUGUUACAACGGCCAUUUACAUGUAUCCUAAAUUCUUUAUUGAAUUUUCCAUUUUCAUAAUUUAUAAUUGUUCAAUAUUUAAUAUUAAAUAAAGCAAAUGUACCUGUAUUUUAGAUGAACUAUACUUCUUUUAGAUCUUGCCAGAGUGACCACUUGAAAUCAUGUAAAUGUUAUAUAUUAUAUUGUAGAAUACAUGUCAUUUUAAAGGAGAAUCCAACCAAAAGAGAAAAACAGAAUGGAUAAAACUUGAAAGAAAUCGUAUAAGGAAUAAGAAAGUAAUUCCAAAUUGGCAAAUUUCCCAUCAAUAGGCUGUGUGCAUACUUAUGGCAUCACCAAUUUGAACUUUCCAUAGGUACAUAUACAUGUAGUCACAAUUUGAAUUUAUGCAGCAUUUUUUUUUAAAUUCACAGUAUUGUUUAAAAAGAAUAUAAUGAUGUUCUACUACUGACAUUUAUCUCUGAGAAAACUUUCCAUCUGGUUUGGAUUCCACUUUAAUGACAAAGUAGGCCUUAUAGUCAUUCAUAUCUCUUGUUGUGUUAUACAUAUAAUAAUAUACAAUAAUCUAUGAAUUUUGUAUUGAAAUUUAUAUUUUAGAGAGGUUUUCAUAUAAUAAACUAUCAUGGCAGUAUAUCUGA